AUCUACCAGCAACAUGAAAGUGAUCAGCCUGUGCCUUCUGGUCGUGGCCUCGGCCAGCUUCCUCCUGACCACCGCCAAUGCCAAUGCCGUUGGUGCUCUCGAGGACUUUGAGGCCUACACCGAUUUGGAGCUCGAGGAAUUGAUCGCCGACGAGAUGCUUGACCAGGAGGAGGACUUCAUGGGCAUCGAGCAGUACGGCUUCAUUAGCGGCUGCCGCAAGGUUCUGUGGGCUGGAUACAAGGGCAUCAACGGCACCAAGUGCAUCGUCGAGGAGGUGGCCAAUGUCCUGUUGACCUGCACCAAAUACGUCGAUGACGUGGCCAGCUGCACCGGCGCCAUUCCCAAGGAUGUGCAGGCCAUGAUCGACAAUGCCAAGCAGAUGAUCGUCACCAGCAACAAGAUCCUUAACUUGCGUUCCGAUCUCUGCGCUGCGAAGACGAGGGGCGUUGCCUCCUCCACCAAGAGCUUCUUCCACUGCACCUGGAAGGCCUUCUGCGCCACCAUGAGCCUCGUCCGCCGCAUGAACACGAUGAUCAAGCAGGGAACCGCUCUGCCCUUCAACACCUCCAACUGUUACACCACUGCCACCAAGGAGGUUGUCUCCGGCUGCAACGCCUUCGUGCCCAACAUCAACGUCUGCAUUGCCAGCAUGACGUAAGCGGUGCGCAUAUUGGUAUUAAAACCAUAAGAUUCUGAGCAAAGCAA